UCCUUCCCCAGUAUCAUCUGCUCACUGUGAAAAAUAUUUCCCUGUGUGCUCUGUUUUUGCCUUCUUUGGUGUUUGUGCUGUGUGAAUAUACAUGUGUGUGUGUGUGUAUGUGUGUGUGUGUGUGUGUGUGUGUGUAAUGGUGGAAAAACUGGGUCAUGUUUACGUUGCGCCUGUGUGGGUGAUGAGCACCACUGAGCGUGCUUCAAACCUGCAUCUCUAAGUCUUGUUUUUCUAAUGUUCCUUUUUCCAUUGAAUCUGCAGUCGCCCCGUUCCCCCGAACAUUUCCUCCCCUCAUCUGGCUUCAUGUCAUGAUUGCACCAGCUAACAUCUCUAUCUCUGCACAUCUCCUCCCUCACCUUCCACACCUCCAGCCCUCGGCAACAGCGCGUACCAUCCAGAUUUACUGCCGAACAAGCAACAGGAAAAGUCUGAUCCUGACCACCACCUCCCCCACGCUGCCUCGCCCACACUCCCCUCUUCCUCUCCCUGGACACCUCGGAAGCAGCCCCCUGGACAGCCCACGAAACUUCUCUCCCAGCAACCCUGCACACUUCUCCUUCGCUUCCUCCAGAAGAGCGGACGGACGACGAUGGUCUUUAGCAUCUUUGCCUUCCUCUGGAUAUGGCACCAACACUCCCAGCUCAACGUCCUCCAGCUCCUCUCAGGAGCGACUGCACCAGCUGCCCUUCCAGCCCACCAUGGACGAGCUCCACUUCUUAUCCAAACACUUUGGCAGCACCGAGAGCAUCACGGAUGAUGAUGGGGGCCGCUGCUCUCCCCACAUGCGCCCGCGCUCCCGCAGCCUCAGCCCAGGACGUUCCUCCUCCUGCUAUGAUAAUGAGAUAGUUAUGAUGAACCAUGUGUACAAAGAGCGCUUUCCAAAGGCCACGGCACAGAUGGAGGGGAGGCUGGCCGAGUUCAUCCAGGCUUUCUCUCCUGAAAAUGUUCUUCCACUGGCCGACGGAGUCCUCAGCUUCAUUCACCACCAGAUCACUGAGCUGUCCAGAGACUGCCUGGCCAAAUCCAGAGAGGGCCUCAUCACAUCUGUUUACUUCUUUGAGCUGCAGGAGAACCUGGAGAAGCUCCUUCAGGAUGCCUUCGAGCGCUCAGAAAGCUCCGAGGUAGCCUUCGUCACAGAGUUGGCGAAGAAGCUUCUCAUCAUCAUCUCCCGACCUGCCAGGCUUCUGGAGUGUCUGGAGUUUAACCCCGAGGAGUUCUACCAUCUGCUGGAGGCCGCGGAGGAUCACGCCAAGGAGGGUCACCUGAUGAAAACGGACAUUCCUCGUUACAUCAUCAGCCAGCUGGGGCUGACUAGAGACCCUAUUGAAGAGAUGGUAAACCUCGACAGUUACGACAGUGAGGGACCGCUGACACCUGAAACAGAUGACUCAGCAGAGGGUAAGAUUAAAGCAAUGAAACCACCAGGAGAAGCAGACUUCCAGACCAUCAAGCUGAUCAGUAACGGAGCGUACGGUGCUGUGUACCUGGUGCGUCAUCUGGAGACACGCCAGCGAUUUGCUAUGAAGAAGAUCAAUAAGCAGAACCUGAUCCUGAGGAACCAGAUCCAGCAGGCCUUUGUGGAGAGAGACAUCCUCACCUUCGCAGAGAAUCCCUUUGUCGUCUCCAUGUUCUGCUCCUUCGAAACCCGUCGGCACCUCUGCAUGGUCAUGGAGUAUGUAGAAGGUGGAGACUGUGCUACUCUGCUGAAGAACAUUGGGGCUCUGCCUGUGGAAAUGGCACGCAUGUACUUUGCAGAGACCGUCCUUGCACUGGAGUACUUACACAACUAUGGCAUCGUACACCGUGACCUCAAGCCUGACAACCUCCUGAUUACCUCGAUGGGCCACAUCAAGCUCACAGACUUCGGUCUUUCUAAGAUGGGUCUGAUGAGUCUGACCACCAACUUGUAUGAAGGACACAUAGAGAAGGACACUCGGGAGUUCCUGGAUAAACAGGUGUGUGGAACUCCCGAGUACAUCGCUCCGGAGGUUAUUCUUCGCCAAGGCUAUGGGAAGCCGGUGGACUGGUGGGCUAUGGGCAUCAUCCUGUAUGAGUUCCUGGUGGGCUGUGUGCCUUUCUUUGGAGACACUCCAGAGGAGCUGUUUGGACAGGUCAUCACAGAUGACAUAGUGUGGCCUGAAGGGGAAGAGGCUCUUCCUGUCGAUGCCCAGAACCUGAUCUCCUCCCUUCUGCAGACAAAUCCACUGGUUCGACUGGGAACAGGUGGUGCGUUUGAAGUGAGGCAGCACUCAUUCUUCACAGAGGUGAAUUGGAACAGCCUGUUGAGACAGAAGGCAGAGUUCAUUCCUCACCUGGAGUCUGAGGAAGACACCAGUUAUUUUGACACCCGAUCUGAGCGCUACCAUCAUGUGCAUUCAUACGAUGAGGACGACACCAAUGACGACGAGCCCGUGGAGAUACAUCGCUUCUCAUCCUGCUCCCCUCGCUUCAGCAAGGUGUACAGCAGUAUGGAGCAGCUGUCCCAGCUGGAGCAUAAAGUCCCUGGCGUGACUCUACGGGAGCACAAGGUCCCCAGGGAGGAUCGAGUGGCCAAGAGAGAAAGUCUGGGGAGCCUCACCCUCAGGGACAAGAGCUGGAGGACUGGAUCGCCUGAGAUGAAGCGCUUAUCCUGCUCUGAGUCCUCCUUUAUGGAGAGUGACUCCAGCCCACCGUCUGGAGCCCGAAGACGCUUCUCCGCCCUUAUGGACACACACCGCCUGGCCUCCCCCCUGGAGGUCGACUCUGAGCUGCCUGUCCCCAGCAGGCAGCCUGCGGUGAAGGCCAGAGGGACGUCCCUGGAAGGAGCCAUGGCUGCCAUCGCCUCUCAAGGGGAUCUGAAAACACUCCUUAAAGACAGCAACGGGGUCGCAGCUGGAGACAAGCUGUUGAGACCUGCUGAUGCAUCGUUGCCUCUACCAGGCACUGCUUCUGUUCUGGGGCUUCCAGACCCACAGGGGCCCCGCGGGGCCACCACUGACCUGGUGCUGCGGAGGGUUCGCCACCAGCAGCUCUCAGCUGAAGGAGAGAAACGCAGCUCACGGCCAGGAUCCAAAGUUAUUAAAUCUGCUUCUGCUACUGCUCUGUCUGUCAUCAUUCCUGCAGUGGAGCAACACGUUGCCUCCCCGCUGGCAAGCCCCAUGUCUCCUCGCUCCCUCUCGUCCAACCCUUCGUCGCGUGACUCUUCUCCCAGCAGAGACUACUCUCCCAUGGUCAACGUCCUGCAUUCUCCAAUCACCAUCCACCGCUCGGGGAAGAAGUACGGCUUCACUCUGCGAGCCAUCAGAGUCUACAUGGGGGACAGUGAUGUUUACAGUGUACAUCACAUUGUCUGGCAUGUGGAGGAAGGCGGUCCCGCCCAGGAAGCUGGACUUAACGCUGGUGACCUCAUCACUCAUGUAAAUGGGGAGUCAGUCCACGGUUUGGUUCAUACAGAGGUGGUGGAGCUCAUCCUGAAGAGUGGAAACAAGGUGACAGUUACAACGACUCCAUUUGAGAACACCUCUAUAAAAGUGGGUCCCGCCCGCAAGUCCAGCUAUAAAUCCAAGAUGGCACGACGCAGCAAGAGAGCCGGAGCCAAGGAGGGACAGGAGAAGAAGCGCAGCUCCCUGUUCAGGAAAAUCACCAAGCAGUCCAACCUGCUCCACACCAGCCGGAGCCUCUCCUCUUUAAAUCGCUCUCUUUCAUCUGGUGACAGUCUCCCAGGCUCCCCCACCCACAGCCUCUCCGCCCGCUCACCCACUCAGAGUUACCGCUCCGCUCUGACUGAGUCCCCCUACCUGGGCACCUCCUCCCAGAGCAGCUCUCCAGCAUCCAGCACUCCCAACUCCCCCGCAGCCUCUCACCACAUGAGGCCCAGCUCCCUGCACGGCCUGUCCCCCAAACUCCACCGUCAGUACCGCUCUGCACGCUGCAAAUCUGCCGGCAACAUCCCUCUGUCCCCCCUGGCUCACACCCCCUCCCCCACCACCUCCUCUCCCCCGCCUCUCUCCGGCCACACAGUCGGGAGCUCCAACACCACACAGAUGUUUCCCGCCAAGCUGCACUCCUCACCUCCUGUCGCCCGCCCUCGUCCCAAAAGUGCAGAGCCGCCCAGGUCCCCCCUGCUGCAGCGGGUGCAGUCGGCAGAAAAGCUAGGGGCUCCGAUGCUGCCUUCCUCGUCUUCAUCAUCAUCGUCACCCUCUCCUCUGACAGGCGGGGUGUCGUUACGCAAGCAUAGCCUGGAGGUGUCGCACGGGGACUACAGGAGAGAGUCCUUCCACUGUGAGCACAGUCUGCAAAGUCUGCUGGAGAUGGAAGGAGAGAACGGACCUGCUCCCCCGUCUCCUUCAUCAUCCUCCUCCCCCUCUCCCCCCAUGGGAGGGGAGAUUGGAGGCUUGAAGCCAGUACGGAAGCUGGGGAGGCAGGAGUCACCACUGAGCCGCGACACUCUGCUCACAUCAAGAGAGAAGGAUACCCAGACCACAGCGUCUGAGCUCAGCGGGUCGCAAACCCAGAGCCUCGUUACUAAAGCUGAGUCCAAGAGCGAUGUUGUUGAUAAGGCUUUAUCCUCUGCUGAGGUUCUGAAGAAUAACGUAAGUCCAGCUCUGGUUUCAUCCACUACAGAGGCCAAGCCCAGCCCAGGGGACAAACCUCAGAAAGUAAGUACUUCAGCUUCUGAGGUGACUGUCUCCAAGAGUAAACUCAGUGAGAAAAUCUCAUCAAAGAGCCCGCAACAACAAGACGGUAAGCAGCAGGGUGCACAGACAGACAGCGCACCUGCAACUAAAGCUCAGGAGAAGAUUGAGGAGAAGGUGAAAGGCACUGCAGUGACAGAGAAAGGAAGCGUACAGAAAGUAUCUGCAGAGUCAAAGCCACGUAAAGGCGCAGAGACCGCAGAGAAAGGAGGCGUCGAUAAAGCAACUGAGACGACCAAGGUCAAAGGACCGGCACCCCCGGUUCCCACCCAGGCUCAAUCCCACGCUGCAGCUCAUGCACCCGCUGCUGCCAGAUCCAAAAUCGAGAAAGUAUCGCACAGUUACCGCGGGGCCAAGGAAGAGAGGGCACACCUGGAGGUCCUGGAAGAGAACCCCAUGUCGCCCUCCUCUAACGCAGCCUCGCCCUGCUCGAGCAAGUCUCGCCCGAUGUCUCCGGGGGAUAAAGCCAGUUUCGUCACCCAGCUCACGAGCGUGGCCAAAACAGUGCUCGGGCCAAUGAAGGUGGGGUCACAAGAGGCCGCCAAGGGUAAAGACACCUCCAAGUCAGGUGAGGAGAGGCGAGGAAACACAACAGGAAAACCAGAGGCUUCGUCCGGUGGCGGCCGACGGGGCGCUCCGACUGCAGCGGCUGGCACAGUCCACUCUGAUAAAGGGAACAGUCGCAGCUCCAAGCAUCACUCGUGAUGAGAACGAGUCAGACUCUCCCAUGUAAUGCCUUUUACUGUAGCAUCACACUGACAUAUCAUGAAUUAACAUGACUGUUGAAUGAAGGGGAGACGUAAAUGCCUGAAGAAAUAACACCAAAUAGAUGACAACGUGACAUGUAGACACGCGAGAUGUGAACAUCCACCAUGUUGGAAUAUGUGCACACAUGGUAUCAUAAUGUAGGCCCGUGUAUGUACUGUAUGUUCAAUGUGUUGUAUAUAGGAGAAAAAAAAUGCAUAUGUCUUAAUGCAUGUCCGACACUGUACAUGGAAAAUGAAAGAAUAUUUAAAAAGAUGAGAAAUAUAAAGCAGACCUUAAGGUGGUGAACACUGUGAACAACUUAUCAACAGGCAAACUGUGUGUAAACAAGCAGGUUUCUGUUAUCAAUGGGCAUUACUUGCAUUUCAGAUCAGCUCCAGUGCCAUCGUUCAGUUCACUUCAAAUUGUACUUCCUGUGUUUUGGUUACUAAAAGAGUUCAGGCUCGUAAAAAGUCGUCAAGAAUACAAACAUACUGAAAACUGGACCAAGAGCCCAGUCGACAGAAUAAAUGCUGGCAUUGUACGUUUCUGCAAGUCAUACUUCAUCCUUACAUUUUUAUGUUUUUAUGUAGUGGAACUUUUGUUUCAACAACGUUUUGGCUAAUGUUUGUUCAGGUUUAGGCACAAAAACCACUUGAUUAUGUUUAGAUUAUGGCUAAAAAUAGCUUUGGCGGCACAAUCCCAGCUGCACACGUGAUGUCUUGUUAAGAAAUACCUUGUCAUGCCACAAUCCCUGCAGGAAACACACCGACACGUUGUUACAAAACACCCAUGUUUGGAGCCCAUUAAAUUUAAAGCCUAAAAAGCCAAAUAAAACACAGCGACAGGUUGCUACAAAACACCCUUGUUUGGAGUGUUAAAAGCUGAUGGGAACACACCGACAGUUAGCUACAAAACAUCCACGUUUAAAGCCUUAUACGUUUGGAGCUUAAAAAGCUAAUGGAAACACACUGGCAGGUAAUUUCAAAACAUCCUUGUAUUUCUUGCCUAAAAAGCCAAAGGAAACACACUGACCGGUCGCUACAAAACACCAACAUUUGGAGCCUUAAAAGCCAACUGAAACACAGCAACAGGUCACUACAAAACACCCAUGUUUGGUGCCAAAAAACCUGACUGAAACAUACUGACAGGUUGCUACAAAACACCCAUGUUUGGCGCCAAAAAAACGGAUUGAAACACACUGACAGGUCGCUACAAGCACCCACAUUUACGUUUGCAGCCUAAAAGCCAAUUGAAACACAGCAACAGCCAUAAAAACCAACAGAACACAGUGACAGGUUGCUACAAAACACCCAUUUUUGGAGCCUAAAAAGCUGAUGGAAACACAGCAAGAGGUUGCUACCAAACACUCAAACAUUUGGAGCUUAAAGAACCAAUGGAAACAUAGCGAGAGGUUGCUACCAAACAUCUUAUAGAGCCUAAAAAGCCGAAUGAAACACAGUAACAAGUUGCUACAAAACACCCUCGUUUGGAGCCUAAAAACUGAUGGAAACACAGCGAGAGGUUGCUACCAAACACUCAAACAUUUGGAGCUUAAAGAACCAAUGGAAACACAGCAAGACGUUGCUACCAAACAUCUCCUUAUAGAGCCUAAAAAGCCAAUUGAAACACAGUAACAGGUCGCUACAAAACACCCUCGUUUGGAGCCUAAAAGCUGAUGGACACAGACUGAUAGGUAGCUACAAAACACUCAUGUUUAGAGCCUGAAAAGCCAAUUGAAACACAGAUGUAGGUCCCUACUAAACACCCUUGUUUGGACCCUAAAAAGCUAAAUGAAAGACAUUGACAAGUUGCUACAAAACACACAAACAUUUGGUGACUGCAAAGCUGAUGGACUCACACUGACAGUAGCUACAAAACACAGUUUGGAGCCCAAUACACCGCUGGAAACACAGUAUUGACUUGCUAAAACUUGUUUGUUGGUCUUGUGGAGUGGUCUGCAGCUUGGCAGGCGUAUUACCGAGGUGUCAUGCCAUCCACCAGUUCAUGUUGAUAUACAUAUGAAACCUAUAAAUAUAUUGAUAGUUUGCAGAAACAUACAGUGCCAACAUUUCCUUCUGGUGACUGGGCUGCCAAAAGACCAAAAUGCUUGCACUGAUGGAAUUCGGUGAAUCAGCUGACGUGCUUCAGAUCUGUUAAAGGGCUGAAUCUGAGUGGAAUAGAAAGAGGUAGAUUAGACGAACAUGCACAGGGACACUAUGCAAUGUGCUAAUAAUGCCACUUUUCUUUUGUUUGUUUGUUUUUGGUGUCCCCAGUUACCGAGUUUACAUUGUGCUCCAGGCAGGAAGAGAAGACGGAGGAAAGCGUUGCAAUAAGCCGAGCAAACACAUUUUGUUUUAAAUGUCGUCUCCACUGAUCGUAGUGAAAUGUGCAAUUGUAUAGUUAAGGCUGUUACGAGAAAACUUCACCUGCAGAAUCACCAUGUGUUGAUCAGUUACUCUCCUUGUGCUACCUUGAAUUCGUGAAGAAAACCUCUGCCUAUGAGCUUAAGCAGAGUUCAAACGCAUGCAUGAGACUGAACUGACGUGUUUAAAAUAGUAAGGUUUGCACGUGUUGCACGUGUUUGGGAAACACUGAGGAUGUGACCGGAUAAAUGAGACUCGGAUUGUACUGCAUGAGUUUGAUGAAAGAAACAGAUGGUUUGAUUUAGUUUUGCUGUUGUUAAACAGGAUCUGUGUUCACUUCAGUUCAUGCAAGAAAAAGAAAGUUUUCUUCAGGAAUUCAAGGUAUCAUGCAGUGUUGGUUUUGUCUGCAAUUUUUCAUUUUUAAGUAAUUCAAGCCAUAACUAAAUUAAAAUUAGCUAAAUUAAAUCGGGCAGAGAGGUGGCGUAAUGGUUAGCAAGAGGGUUCCUGGUUUGAACCCAGGGUGGGGGAGCCCUUCUGUGCAGAGUUUGCACGUUCUCCCCGUGUCAGCGUGGGUUUCUCCAGGUGCUCGGAAGUGUGCACCAAAACAACCAGGCUGAGACGUUCUUGAAGAGGUGGUCUCAGUCUGGUUACAAACAAACUCUGGUGCAGUUCGUUUGUGGUGAGAAGGUGUUCCGAUGAGCAGCGCUAAAAUCAACCUGCGUAGUUGUCCCUCCAUUGUGACAUUAGAAAGUGUCACAUUUAUCUUGCAAGUGUACUCUUCUUCAACGUUUGCUUUACUUCCUGGAUUUUUCCCACAUGGAAAUUCUGACCAAUCAAGAGCAGCUUUCUCACACAAGGCAUUUGAUCUGGUCCUCUUGUAAAUGCUGCUGUGAGAACACCAACCAACUCUAGGCAAUUAUACAACUUUGGAACAAAAUGAGUCCCUGAUUCAGACCAAAGGAGACCACUCUAGGGCUGAAAGCACCUUAAAUAUUAGGCGAUUAGGGCCUUGAAUUUGGAGCUACGCCUCUGGCAGUGAGUCACAGAUAUACAAAUGAUCAUUUUGCAGGUGAAGACUUCCUUUAAGUGAAUUGUGUGGUGUGUUCAGAGUCCAGUGAGGAGACAGAGUGUGUAAAGAAACAUAAUGAAAGUCGCACUUAUAGGAGAGUCGUCUAGAAACGCUCCUUCACUCACUCUUUUCUAUUUAUGCAGAUGUAUAUUGUGUAAUGUUUCGUGUGAAGGAAAGUGCCAGUCUUUUUAUUUCUUUAGAGAUGAUGUGAUUUUUCUUUUUAAUUUUUUUUUUUGUUUGUUUACACUUCAAUGUAUAAAAUUAUGCAAUCCAACAGUGCCCAGUUUCAUAAAUGGAGCACCCUUGUCAGUGACACAGUAGUAGACUCUACACAAAGGCAGGAGUAGAUGUGCUGGUGAGGUCUGGUUUGUUUGUGUGUUACAAAGAAAUGAUGGCCAUAGUUUUGGGAGGCUCAGACUUGUCUCAGACUGCCACCUUGUGGACGAUGUCAGGUCAUACCAAAAGUCCUGAGGCACAAAGAAAGAGGUGUACAUUUCAUACAUUAUUCUGAUGCAUCAUUUCAGUCAGUUUACAGUCUGAGUUUAAAGUCUUUAUUUAAUCCAUUAGGCUGUAGAGGACAGCGGACGUUAACCCAACCUUUGGAUCUUUGUUUUUUGUGUGUGACGUGAAAAAAUUGCACUUUAUUUUGUGUCAAAUAUUUUUAUUUACUGGUGUUAUAUAUUUAUUUGAUAAUUUUUCUAUUUGUUCUAUUUAUUGAACUUUUUUAAUUUAUUUAUUCGAGCAUUUUUACGUCAUCAGUCAGUGAAUUUCUGCUUUACUACUGAUGUUAGUGAUUUAUACAUUUUACAUUUAGUCUAAGAACCCGACCAAAUCUGCGUGGCUCCCCUGUCGUGUGCGGCUCAUCCCAUGUGUCUGACGUUGUGAUUAUUGCUGUCAUGUCCAUCUUUGUCCAAGUGUUUGACUUUUCUUUUUUUACAGCGACAACUUUCUGACUGUUGUUGUCCUUUACAUCGCUUCAUAUUAAUUAACCACUGUUGUGAGAAAACCAAUGCAAAAAAGCCUGUAGAGCAGAGAUGUAAUAAAAUGCAGAGA